UGCGGCGCUCGUUGGCGAGCAGCCGAUGGCGUCGAGGGGAAGCGGCCGGAGCUCGAGCUGAUAUCCCCGUCGCCCCCUCUCCAGCGCCGCCGCGGCUGAGGAGAACCAUGACGGAGGCGGCGGCCAGAGGGCGAGGCGCCGCCGGGAAGCCGCUGGUGGCUGUGUACGGUUCUGAGCUGAAGGAUGGACUGAAAGUGCCAAGUGCAUUACUUCUCGUUGAAAACAAAGGUGAAUAUGAAUUAUCCAUCUCUACAAAUUCAGAGCCUAAUGUUGGAACUGUCGCUCAUCAGACACUAAUCCCCAUUAAUAACCAGUUUCGCAUCAUACAAGAGGCAGAAGAGGCUCUCUUGACAGAUGACCCAUUUACACGUGCGUGUAGGAUCCGUGUACAGGGGGACCGAGCAAACUACCUCUUUGAGCUCCCAGACGAUGACGUCUGCCUUGUCUUCCUCACUGAGGUGAAAAGGGUACAGCAAGCCAAGUCUAGAAGCAGUCAUCAUGAAAAAGCAGUGAAGGAUCCAUUUGUAAUGGAAUCAGCAGCAAGUUGGCCUCAGGUGUCUGAUCCUUUUCACAGCAAACCAAGUGGAGCCGGUAACUCUGACUUUAGGUUUGACGAUGACUUCAGUGAAAUUCUGAGUCUUGAGAAGAAGAAUCAACAGAAUCAGACUCUAAGCAGCGGUGGAUCUGUAGCAACAUCCUCCCGCUCAGAAGUAGUUUCUGAAAAGGAUACUUCAUGGAAUGGACCGCCAAAAGUGACCAACACAAUGCGGAAGCUGUUUGAGCCGAGUAAUCAGUCUGGAAGCCGAGAAGGUCUGAUUAAACACGGCCUUGCAAGACGCGAGAAAGAAUAUGUCAACAUUCAGGACUUUAGGUGUUUUGUUGGUACAUGGAAUGUGAAUGGACAGUCUCCAGAUAGCAGUCUGGAUCCCUGGCUUUCUUCUGACCCAUUGCCACCUGAUGUCUACUGUCUGGGCUUUCAGGAGUUAGAUCUGAGCACGGAAGCAUUUUUCUACUUUGAUUCCUCCAAGGAGCAGGAAUGGCUGGUUGCAACUGAAAAAAGUUUACACCACAAAGCCAAAUACAGUAAAUUGAAGCUGGUCCGGUUAGUUGGAAUGAUGCUGAUCGUAUUUGUUAGAAAGGAGCACCUGGUAAACAUUAAAGAAGUGGAAGCUGAAACGGUGGGAACUGGAAUCAUGGGAAAGAUGGGUAAUAAAGGUGGAGUGGCAAUCCGGUUUGUCUUUCACAACACCAGUUUCUGUAUUGUAAACUCUCACUUGGCUGCUCACGUGGAGGACUUUGAAAGACGAAAUCAAGAUUACAAAGAUAUCUGUGCUCGCAUGAUUUUCCAGGUGUGCGGCGAGCAGAAGCAACCCUGUAUAAACAUUAUUAAACACGAUGUUGUUGUUUGGCUUGGAGAUCUAAACUACAGACUCUGUGCUCUCGAUGCUAAUGAGGUGAAGAGUUUGAUAGAAAGGAAAGAAUUAAAAAAACUCUUGGAAUAUGAUCAGCUGAAUAUUCAGCGGAUGAAUAAAAAAGCCUUUUCAGAUUUCAGUGAGGGGGACAUCCAUUUUAAACCAACAUACAAAUAUGACACUAAAUCAGACCGAUGGGAUUCGAGUGGGAAGUGCCGCGUACCAGCAUGGUGUGACCGUGUGCUCUGGCGAGGGGAAGGUGUAAAGCAAAAAAGUUAUCGAAGUCACAUGGAGCUUCGCACCAGCGAUCACAAGCCUGUCAGUUCUGUCCUACUUACUGGGGUGAAAGUGGUAGAUGAGCGCAGGUACAAGAAGGUGUUUGAAGAUAUUGUGCGAGUGAUGGACCGAAUGGAGAAUGAGUUCUUGCCUUCUUUGUUUCUUAGCAAAAGAGAAUUUGAGUUUGCGAAUGUUAAAUUCCGGCAGCUGCAGAGGGAAAAGUUCCAGAUCACGAAUGAUGGGCAGGUGCCAUGUCACUUCUCCUUCAUUCCCAAACUCAAUGACUCCCAGUACAGCAAGCUGUGGCUACGAGCAGAGCCCUGCGAGGGAUUUCUGGAACCUAGUGAGUGUAUAGAUAUAUCUCUCGAAGUUUAUGUGAGUAAGGACUCUGUAACAAUGUUGAACUCGGGGGAGGAUAAGAUCGAGGACAUCUUGGUUUUGCACCUGGACCGCGGGAAGGAUUAUUUCAUUACAAUUGGCGGGAACUACUUGCCAAGCUGUUUUGGUACAUCGCUGGAAACACUGUGUCGAAUGAAGAAACCCAUCAGGGAAGUGCCUGUCACCAAGCUCAUCGAUCUGGAUGAUGACAGCAUGUUUCAAAAGGAGAAAUCCCGGCUGGAGCUCUUCCCAAUGGAUAAUAUAGAAUCUGAUGAUAAACCCCUGCAAAUUCCAAAGGAAAUGUGGUUGUUGGUGGAUCAUCUCUUUAAAAAUGCAUGUCGACAGGAGGACCUGUUCCAGACGCCUGGUUUGCAGGAGGAACUUCAGCAAAUAUUUGACUGCUUGGACACAAGCAUUCCACAAAGUAUUCCUGGCAGUAACCACUCCAUGGCUGAAGCUCUGCUCAUCUUCCUAGAGGCCCUCCCAGAGCCUGUGAUAUGUUACGAAUUACAUAUGAAAUGCCUAGAAUGUUCAAUGGACCUGCGGAUCUGUAAGCAGUUAGUAGCACAACUACCCCGAUGUCACAGAAAUGUGUUUAAGUAUUUGAUGGCAUUUCUGCAGGAAUUAUUGAAGUAUACAGAAGACAACAAGCUCGAUGCUAAGAUGCUAGCCACCCUCUUUGCAAGUCUGCUGUUGAGGCCACCUCCAAACUUACUUGGGAAGCAGACCCAGAGUGAUCGUCAGCGUGCCAUGAGCUUCAUCUUUGGCUUCCUCAAUAGCGGAGUGGAUGAAUGGGAUAAUACUUUUAUUGCACUGUGACAGUAGCUGCAAAUGAUGUGUUCAGUGGUGAUCGAAUGAUACGAAAACUCGCCCAUCUGGGUUCACAGCACAUUCCAAAAGUGCAGCGCGGGGUGGGGUGGGGGGUAGGUGGAAGUAGACUUUGUCUUUAAUUAUUUUACAACCUGCAUGGACCAGUUCAAUUUUGUACGUCUAAAACUGGUGUUUCAUACCAUUGCAAUAUUUCAAACCGUUUGUAUAUUUUUAUUGUUUGCUGGAAGUUUGGACUGUGUGAAUGGUGGCAGCUCCUAUACGAUUUCCAUGAUUUGCUGUAAGCAUGCCCCUCACAUGAUUACCUAACAUGGAGAUCUCCAGAAGCCCUUCCUUGUCUAAAUGUUCAGAAUUAAUUAUGCUGGAGGGAAAGAUCAACCUUGAUCUCUGGAGUCCAUGUUUGCCGCUGGUGACUACAGUGACUGGAAUUCAUUCGACAGCCUAUAUGAGACAUCACUGAAUUCUCUGGGGACACUGGAGGCUUAAAGGAUGUGUUCCAUUCUAAUUAUUAUUGCAGACAAGUCAUUCAUUCUCAGUCAAUUCAACCAAUAUCGGGAGCACUUACGUAAUUGAGGAAAGUUGCUUUUGCCACAAAUUGGAGUCAACAGGUUUGUGGGCAUAAGGCAACCCGUUUUAUUUUCUGCACAUAUCACAAGCUUUGUAUAGCUUACUUUUUUUUUCCAAUUUAUUCCCCUGAUUUCUAUUCGACAAAUUAUAUAAUCGUAUGCAAUUAGACGAAUAACAAAGUUUAACGAUUUUGUUUGAUAAUCCGUAUUUCAGUUAUUUCAAAAGCAGAAAACUUGAUUUCCCGAGAACCAAAGAAAAUGAAUUGGUGUUACCCCAACCUCCAAAAUCCAGAGGUUUUACAGUCUUGGCAGAAUUAUUGCAUUAAAGCCAGUUUAUAGAAUCAUCCCUGAUCGACAUAUAACCAAUUAUGUAACAUAUUACUGAUUGUGUUCGCACUUGUUCUUCAACAAGUGUUUUAAAUUUGAAUAUGACUAUUUAGGAUGGAAAGGACUGUCUUGCUGCACAUUCCAGGGCUUACUGUUAUGGCUGCACAUGUUUCAGUGACUUCAGUGAGAUUUGGUAUUCAGUCACUCAUGGGGCCAUUUUCAUUCCUUUUAGUAGCGAUUCUGAUACCAGCAGCAUUUUUCACUUCUGCAUAAACUUAGUGUGUGAUGGAUGUGAUCUUGUAUGUUUGUUUCAGUCUAAUUAGGAUAGAGUUGAUCGUUGAAAUCCUACAGUUGUUAAAGCAAGUUGUCAGGCACACUUUACUGACUCUUUACCCCCCCCACCACCAAUCACCACCAACAAACUAGUCAAUUUUCUCUUUGCUGAAGCGAGGAAAGAGGACAGGGUAGUUUUCUGGCAGACCUCAACCCAUAUACCCGUUAGCAGCCACUCGAGGCCCAAGAUACCCGUUCCUACAAACGUGGCAUCCCAUUUGAUUUUAUGUCCACUUAAAAAGACACUACAGCCUCCACUCAGAAUUAGUUUAUGCAACCCAGUGGAUUGGAGGAUCAAAUAUGCUCCAUCUGCUGUUUGGCAUUGACAUUGGAGCUAAGAGUUGGUGCCAUUAUGCUACCCAACCAAGCCUUAAUACGUUGUUAGCGAUUGUUCUCAACCUUUGUUUUUGUCUAUAUUUUACUGCGUUAUCAGCAACAGCGUGUCAUUUAAUAAAUGGUACUUUUCCAAAUUUAUUUAAAGUUUGAAUCUGAAAUCCAUCACUACCCUCCUAUCUCACUGAGAGUGUGCUUUUUUUUCAUAGCCCGUUACCAUUGUGAUCAUUUCUCUUCAGCAGGUUUAUCUCUAAUAUAGUGUGUCUCAGAAGCUUCAUUGCACAUAAUGCUACAGAGUACCUUGGCGUUUUUAAGUGUAGUCAUUCCAGGAGUCGCAGAUUACAUGCAUUAGUUGAGUCAGUGGAUAAUACCUGGGUUGAGGAUGGGUAAGAUGGGGGUAAAGCUUAGUUAUGGCUCGCUUGUAUCAAAUCGCCCAGCUUCACGUAUAUAAUGAAAUUCAGAUUUUAGGCCUGUAGUUUUCACACAGCUCAAGGUUCGAGAUUACAUGUCAUCGGCAGGUAGAAGUCGCCUUUCUCCAAGAACAUUAUAGAGAGGAAUUUCUUCAUAUAUGUUUAAGACCAAGAAAAGUGCUGUGGGGGCUGCAGGAAAGGAGACUGACCGCUAUGAUUUCUGUCUAGUGUGCUCUGUUGACAACAAGUGCACUUUUAUUGAUGUCACUUGCAUCAGUUUGAUCGUCCCCCAGGCUUUUUGUAUCAAAAAAAUGUUAUCACCCACUUUGCAGAGAGAGUACAUAUAUUCUACAACCAGACUUUAAUACAUUGAAAUAGAAUUGGCGUUUUGUGUUUACAAAUUGUGGUGGGGGGUUGGGGGGCGGGAGUGAAAUUCAUUUGAAAGACAAUCCCUACUUCGAUUUGAUCAGAAUGGUUCACGUGGUAGGAAUUAAUAUUUCUGUUUUUGACUGCGGCAUUUUUUUUGUUCAGUGAAUAGUUGUCCACAGGAUUAUGACCCUACAAAUAUGUAUUUUAAUAUAGCAAAGUUAAUGGUUAGAAUCUACAUUUUAAAGAUGACUAAAUAAUCAGAACUUGGUGUUGUGCUGAAAGUGUCUGUCACCUUGUAGGCUGGCAAAAUGACUUCUGCUUCAGUUUCCACCUGUUGUAAGCACUGGGAGCAAAACACAUUGACAGUGACAGCUUCCUUGUCAUUGUCUGAGCAUAGUAGCCAACAGCUGAUACUUGGUACAUGGAUAUUCAUUGUAAAUGAAACUGUUCUGUAGGUGCUAUGAUAGUGAUGUAAACGUUGCUUGUACUGCUUUUAUGCAUUUUAUUUUCCAUUUGUAAUGGUAAUUUAUUGAUACAUUGAUUAAAUUUUAUGAAGAAGUGAA